AUGGACAAACAUAGAAUCUGCAAGAUCUGUAACAGACGUUUUGCUAAUGGCAAAGCCAUGGGAGGUCACAUGAGAUCUCAUUUAACCAAACUUCCUAUUCCUCCAAAACCUAAUAAUAUUCACCCUUCUCCUGUUUUUACUCUCAAGUCUCCAUCUCCAUCUUCUUCCUUGAGUAUUCACUCAUUCAAAGAUCACAUGCAAACCUAUCGAUCUGUUAACCGUGAUCACUCCGAUGUUGUUAUGCGUGAUGAUGGAGAAAGCGAGGCUGAGGCCGAGGCUGAGUCAUCCAGAAACCCAACAAAGAGAAGAUCUAAAAGGCGGCGAAAAGCGGUGCUGGAAGUGGUUGGGCCACACCCAUCUAAGCCAGAAUCGGUAAGUUCAGUUACUGAAAAUUUUACUGUAGAAGAAGUUGCAAUUUGUCUUUUAAUGCUUUCAAGGGAUAAAUGGCCUGAACCAGAAGAAGACAAAGUAAAAGUGAAUCAUCAUAAAUACAUAGGUGAAGAUGAAAGUGAUAGUACUGAUGAGGAUGAAUCGUUUUGUGUAACUCCUCGUGUUCAUCAGGCGUUAAGUACUAAUAGCAAUAAGUAUAAGUGUAAUACAUGCAAGAAAGGGUUUCGAUCUUAUCAAGCACUAGGAGGACAUAAAGCAAGUCACAAGAAGAUCAAAACUCAUCUUAUAAAGGGAUCACUUGAAGAUGAUGUUACUCUUUUAAAUCCAAGAGUUUUUAAGUGUACAGUUUGUGAAAAAGUGUUUGAGUCUGGUCAAGCGCUCGGUGGACACAAGAAAGUUCACUUCACUUACUUAACUAAAUCUGGUGAAAAGCUUUUAGAUCUUAAUUUACCAGCGCCAGAAGAUGAUAGUGAAGUAAGUCAAGUUUAG